AUAAAACCAGCCGCCGGGCCGUAGAGCGCUUCAGCCGCUGAUCAGACGCGAGCCAACCAGACAGAGAUGGAGAAGCACCUGGGUCUCCUCUUGCUCUCCCUGCUGUGCUGCCCGGUGGCUCAUGCUGGGGCUUUGAAGAGCCAAGUCAUAGGAGGGCAAGAAGCCAUCCCCCACUCCAGGCCCUACAUGGCUUAUCUGAAGAUAAGCAACGACCGUUUCUGUGGGGGCUUCCUGGUGGCCCCACAGUGGGUGAUGACCGCUGCUCACUGCUUCGGGGAAAUCACCGUCCUCCUGGGAGCUCACAACAUCAAGGAGAUGGAAGAGUCGCAGCAGGAGCUGGGGGUGGAGAGCUACCACAUACACCCUGAAUACAACAACAAGACGUUCUCCAACGACAUCCUGCUGCUCAAGCUCACGGCGAAGGCUGUCCUGAACAAGUACGUGCAGACCAUCUCCCUGCCCAAGACCAGCAGCGAUGUGCCCGCACGGACCAAGUGCCUCGUAGCGGGCUGGGGCCGUACUGACCAGGCGGAUACGACUGACAAGCUCUACGAGACCAACAUCACCAUAUACAGCCGCUGGAAGUGCCGCUGGAUCUACCCCGAGCUCAACGACGGCAUGAUCUGUGCCGGCAGCCCCUGCUGGCUCAAGGACACCAGCCAGGGCGAUUCUGGCGGCCCUUUGGUCUGCAAAGGGGUGGCUGAAGGCAUCGUCUCCUUUGGCUAUGACUUCCCUCCUGGAGUCUACGCCCGCGUCGCCAGAUAUCUCCACUGGAUCCGAAAAGUCAUGGGGUAGAAGAUGCUCCCAGCCCCUCCACGGCUGCUGGGACCAGCGCCAGCUUCUUUUCCCCAUUUCGUCUUUCAGCAGCCAGUCUCUGUCCUUCUCUGGCUGCCAGUCUAGCAUCAACCCCAGGGAACUGGCUCCCACCACUCCCUCGGGGACCACGGGAAGAAGGGGAGGCUGUAAGGGGCCUGUAUCAAUUGCCAGAGGGAGCUUCAGAUCUGUCCAUGGGAGACCUCCCUCCAGCCCUCAGUUCCUGCCCGUGUCAGCUGGGUCCGGGAAGCCGGUCCUGGGGCUGGCACUAGAUUCUGGAAGCAGAAGUGGAGAUCUUUGCCUCGGCCCAUCCAGGUCUCUUCCCUCACGCCCUGUGCUCACUCCUGCCGCUGUAAUGAGUGUAACGAGCCUGACAAAUAAAUGCCCACCUGCUUUGC